UUACGCAACAGGUAUCCCGCGUUCGAUCACGUGUUCGUAGUUAAGCACUUUUGAUCACCUUCCCUCACUCAAUCAACCCUACCCAGAAGACAAACGGAGUUUGCUGAACUUUCCAGCCCAAAACUACACUUAAAUAUGCUUCAACUAAAAACUAAGGGAGAGUUUGACAAAUUCUUAAAAGAUAAUGAAGUCGCUGCAAUUGACUUCACUGCCACAUGGUGUGGUCCCUGUAGAAUGAUUGGGCCGAAAUUUGAGGAAAUGGCAAAGGAGUUCAAGGGAGUCAAGUGCGCCAAGGUUGACGUGGAUGUGAAUUCAGAAACUGCAGAAAGUGAGGGAAUUACAGCCAUGCCAACAUUCAGAUUCUACAAAAAUGGCAGAAUGGUUGACGAGGUAGUCGGAGCAAGUGAAUCGAAGCUCAAGGAAUUAUUUGCAAAGCAUAACAAGUGAUAAACGCUCUUGCAACGAGUGCAACGAAUGUAGUCAUGUAUGCACCAUCAUAUCCCAAUGAAAAUAAAUAAAAAUGGAGAUCCGUA